CCCCGGCUCACGCGGGCUCCGGGCGCGCGGCUGUAGCUCCCUGACGGCGGGAGAAGUCGCGCUCGCGCCAAGGGACGUGUGUUUGCGCUCGCAUGGUCAUGGAGACGCUGCUGCAGCCGCCAGCCGCAACGACUCCAGCCUGUGGCCGGAGCCGAAGGCUGCUGCUGCUGCCGCUGCUGCUCUUCUUGCUGCCAGCCGGAGCUCUGCGAGGCUGGGAGGCAGAAGAGAGGCCCCGAACCCGCGAAGAGGAAUGCCACUUCUACGCGGGUGGACAAGUGUACCCAGGGGAGGCGUCCCGGGUUUCGGUCGCCGACCACUCCCUGCACCUCAGCAAAGCCAAGAUUUCCAAGCCAGCACCUUAUUGGGAAGGAACAGCUGUGAUAAAUGGAGAAUUCAAGGAGCUCAAGUUGACUGAUUAUCGUGGGAAAUACUUGGUUUUUUUCUUCUACCCACUUGAUUUCACUUUCGUGUGUCCAACUGAAAUCAUUGCCUUUGGUGAUAGGAUUGAAGAAUUCAGAUCUAUAAACACUGAAGUGGUAGCAUGCUCUGUUGAUUCACAGUUUACCCACUUGGCCUGGAUUAAUACCCCUCGCAGACAAGGAGGACUUGGGCCAAUAAGGAUUCCACUUCUUUCAGAUCUGACCCAUCAAAUCUCAAAGGACUAUGGCGUGUAUCUGGAGGACUCAGGCCAUACCCUUAGGGGUCUCUUCAUUAUUGAUGACAAAGGAGUCCUAAGGCAGAUUACUCUGAAUGACCUUCCUGUUGGUAGGUCAGUGGAUGAGACACUGCGUUUGGUUCAAGCAUUCCAGUACACUGACAAACAUGGAGAAGAUAAUUCCAGAUCCAGCUGGAAAACUGAAGUAUUUCGAUAAACUCAACUAAAAAAUACUUCCUCAGGUUUCAGUGCUUGAAAGUUCUCAAUAAAGUUCACCGUUUUAGUACCAUA